AAGUCCUCUUCCAUCUCUCCCUCUCACACACUUUCUCUCGCUUACUCUCUCUCACUCUCUCUCUCUCUCUCUCUCUCUCUCUAGAUAUUUAUUUAGAAUUUGGAAAGCUGCGUUUGUGGUAGGGCGUGGGAAGAACAAGAGAGGAGGUGAUUGGACUUAACUGGAUAGAUAAUUUAGCUGAAAGGAGGGAGAGAGAGAGAGAGAGAGAGAGAGAGAGAAUGGAAUCAUCGAGCGGGAAUGGGAAAGGCAUGGCAGAGGCAUAUGAGGAAGUGGAAGGAGAAGCAAACUUUGAGAGCGAUGAGAUAGAGAGAAACAAAGUGGGAAUCAUGAGAGCACUUGUGGAAAGAGAAGAUCCCUCCUCCAAGGAUGUGGAUGAUUUCAUGAUCCGGAGAUUUCUUCGGGCGCGUGAUCUGGAUAUUGAGAAGGCUACUAACAUGUUCCUCAAGUAUCUGAGUUGGAAGAAGUCAUUUGUGCCGAAUGGCUCCAUCUCGGAGUCAGAGAUUCCAAGCCAACUUGCUCAGAACAAGCUGUUCAUGCAAGGCGUGGACAAGACUGGACGCCCCAUUAUCGUUGUGUAUGGUGGGCGGCAUAAGCAGACCACACCUGAAGAGCUCAAACGUUUUGUAGUAUACACUCUUGAUAAAAUAUGUUCCAGAAUGCCAGCAGGAAAGGAAAAGUUUGUAUCCAUUGCAGAUCUUGAAGGAUGGGGCUAUACCAAUAGCGAUGUUCGUGGAUACAUAGCAGCGCUGACGAUCUUACAGGACUGCUACCCGGAGAGGCUUGGCAAGUUAUUUCUUGUCCAUGUGCCCUAUGUAUUCAUGACUGCUUGGAAGAUGGUUUACCCAUUUAUUGACAACAAAACCAAAAAGAAGAUCCUUUUUGUUGAAAACAAAAAACUGAACUCAACCCUGCUGAAAGAUAUCGACGAGAGCCAGCUCCCAGAUGCAUAUGGAGGCAGACUGCCAUUAGUUCCCAUCCAGAACUGCUAGCUUCCUUUCUUUAACUAGAGGACCGGCUGAGUGAUAUUUUGAUUACUCAAAAGCAGCUCUUCGAAACAUAUGGACGUAAACUCGUAUUAGUUCCUAUCUGAACCGAAGCGAAGACUCUGCAAAAUUGUUCAUGAGAAGUUGCCGUUGCCCUUUUAUUUUAUACUACUUGUAAGCCAAAAUUAGAGAUUACAAUAACUAUCAAAGUCGGCAUUCAUUCCCAUUUAUUUAUCGGCCAAUUGCGUUGUGA